UGUGGCCUUUCCUUAAUCGAAGAAAAAAAAGCUAAUGGAGGUCAGAAAAUCUCUGCAACAUCAUCUGCAUCAACUGUCUUCCCACGCUUGAGUCUAAUUCUUCCUAUAAUCUGUCAGGUAAUCAUUCGAAUUAAACUUCUCGUUUAUCCAAUCAAUCUCUGCAGCUUUAUGAAUCAGACUCUCCACAAUUUAAACCUAAUUAAUUCUCCUAUUUAGCCAUUUGUAAGAUUUGCAUGCCAAUUUCUACACCUGUUAGCUUCUCUAUUGAACCUUAUACCCUAGCUACUGAUCUUAGUUACUGUUUAGUGAUGAAAAAUUCAAUCUUCAGGUCAAUUUUUAAUUCAUUAGUCUCUCUUCUCCAAACCCUAAUCUUCCCUAUUUAAGAACUGUAAACUGAUAAAAAAUUUAACCUGUUAUGCUUUAUUGUCUCUUACAACCCACCUGUCUACAACUCAAUUUACUUAUCACUUUUUUAUUUACUUCAAAAUUGUAGUAGCCUUAGGCAGUCCCUGUAUCACCAUAUAUGCAUUCUGGCAUGGUGAUGUUUCCCAAUUAACCAACCAGCUUCAAAUCUCCUUGAACUCGAGUAGUGGUAGACAGUUCAACUUGGAUGAUGUUAUCCCUCAUAGAUUUCAAAACAAUGAAGAGUUGUGGACAAGUUGUCUGUUAGGAAGAUUUGUUGAACCAGUUGCUAGAAACAGCUGAAAUGUUAGAAAUGCAUUGCUAUUUCAGUGGAAGAUUCAAGGAGGUUUUUCAGUCAAAAUGGUGAACGAGUGGGUUUACUUAGUCAUAUUUGAAAGAGAUGAAGAAAUACAUAGAGUAUUAAAUGUAGCAACAAGAGUAGUUUAUGGUGAUCUUUUCCGCAUUAGAAAAUGGGAGAGAACUGAAGACUUAGCAACUUGGGAUCCUACUAAACAAAUGUUCUUUAUCACUAUUCAUAACCUAACUCCAGCUCAAGUUAAUAGUGAAAAUCUGAGGAGAUAUUUGGCUUGCAUAGGAGAUAUUUCUUCUUUCUCCUAUCUAGUGAGAAGAGAUAAUGGGAGAUACUCCAUCACAGUUAUAUCCAGUAUCAGAAUCAGGUAAAGUCUGACAUUCACUGUAAGAGUUGAAAAUGAAAUGGGCAAUACCAAUGACUUAACUUUCCAAUUCCACCAUUUGCUUAACGAUUUAUAUGGGUGUUGUAAUCUCAUUGGCCAUAAGAUUGGGAAUUGUGAGAAUUUUGCAUUUCAUCAACAACAAGCAGCUGAUGAUGCAAUCUUAGCAGCAAUGCAGCAAAUUGAUGCACAACAACGGCCAGAACCUGACAUGAUGCAGCAGGUGGAUCAACAGGACAUGCAACAAGACAUGCAUUUCUCUGGGGAUAGUCUUGCAAGUUCAUACUCUGAGCAAGCAACAUUUGAGGUGACAUGUACUGAUUAUCUCAAGCAACCAGAGGAGGAAACUGCUAGCCAUGAUGGCAUUCAGUUAUAUAUGGAGAGUGAUGCAUAAGAGGGAUAGACAUGCACAAUCAUCUAACUUUGGACCUGAGCACCUGCCUGCAAAUUCCACUGCCUAUUUCAGAAAUUGGAGUCUUACGCAAUCAUACUUCCAUUGGGACAUCCCACUACCAGCAGCAAAGAAGGCAAGAAUUACAGAAAUUCCUGAAAUUGACCUAAACUGCAACUCAGAACAGUUGCCUGAAGCUGAGAAACAAAUUCAUGUCACUGAGGAGAAGAUUAAUGUCUUGGCUUAUCCUCACCAGUGGUAUAAAGGAGAAUCUUCAAGUGCCAACACUGAUGCCACUGACCCUAAGGCAAAGGGCAAAGGAGUUGCAAAAGACAACUAAUGAUCCUGAACUCUAAUGAAUUGCAGAAACAACUAAGUGCUUUAUGUGUGGACUACCAUCAGGGUCUAUGACUCUUUUUCUUGCUUGUUUUUGCUUGUGUAGUCUGAUUUGAUUUCUUGUUUCUGCUAGCUUUCUUUGAUUGCUUUAUUGUAUUUACUCUCCUUCCUGUUUACCUGUAGUUAUCCUGCUUAGUUCCCUGUACCUCCUCACCAAAGUAGUCUAAAUCGUUCCUCGAUCCUACUCGGUUGCGAAGCUUGUGGCGAGGAGAAAUAAGUUUGGACUUGGAAAUCGCCAAAACUCGGGCUAAUACUCGGAAUCUAUUUAUUAGAGAUUUACAUAUUGCUGCUCAUAAGUCAUGAUUUGUACCUAAUUAAAAUUAAAAUUUUAACACUAUCAUGUAAUUAAGUGUGUAAUAUAUUAUAUUGAA